UAUAUUUGAUAUUCGGUUACCAUUUUUAUACGCGGAAAAAAAUUCUGUUUUAUAAUAAUAUCAUCCUGAAAUUUUUUAACAGAGAGAACUUUGGCAAGUUCUUUCGGGUCACGUUCCGCACAUUUUUAUUCAAUAUUAAUUGAACAUCACUUGAAACUAAUAUCAAAUCGAGGAAAUAAAAUACUUGAGUUGAGAACAAAGAUGAAUAUGAAAACCGCGAAACUGUAAGUUUUAAUCGAGUAAUUUCUAAGUAAUAUUAACUUAUGCUUUCUAACGUGAAAAAAUUUCGUAUUUUCAAGAGAGUUUUACGUUUAAACUUAUUGACAAUCGAUAUUAAACGCGAGUUCGUUACUGAUGCCCGUUUGUUUGGCUGAGCGAAGUAAUUGGGGCAAGUGAAUCACUAAUUAGGUCACUUUGCGCAUAAGCAAGCCCUAUGGCUUUGACAGGGGGAUUAAUUAAUUGUUGUUCGUGCGCGUUUCGUGUCCAGCUUUCAAACUAAGCUGCAGUUUUUUCCCGUCUACGGUUCUCCCGACGAAAUUGCGCCUUAACUGAAACGCUUUUGUCGCCCAUUGAAUUACUUCUCUUAAUUCGUCUUAUAGAGGCCGUUAAACUUUGCCUUUAACGACCGGCUGUAUUAGCAUACGAAUGGAUUGGAGUUAGUUGACUCACGAUUUCUCUUAACAUAAGGUUACGCGAUAGUCAAGUUUUAACGAGGUAAUGCUAUUGUGAUACGGCGAGAGUUUCCGGAAUGUUAUUAAUAUGGCAAAAGCUCGUAACGAAUCGGUCCCGCGGGAAUUAUGCGAAGAUUAUGGACAGAAGUGCGUAUUUGAGUGAAAUUUGUAGCGUUAAAGUUUGCACAUAUUUGACGUGGAUGCAGUUCUAUCGAGUUUCACUUAAUACACGAGUAUCGGAUAUGGGUGUAACCGGAGGGGGAGGAUACGUAUCCAAGUGAUGCAGAAAUUCUCACGUAAUAAUGCAUUUAUGAUAAUAUUUCAUGUUUUAAUAGGUUGAAUAAUUAAAAUCGCAUUUCUUCUCAUAUACGCGGCUGAAAUAUUAUAUUAAUUUAAUAUCACAUGGUGAUCCGGCUGCGUUAAACAACCGUUAAAACGUAUUGAUGCAAUGUACGAGAUUAUUUUGCAAAAUAUAUAUAUAUUUAUACGUGACGUUGUAUCACAUUACGCUUUGUACAGUCGCAGCACAUGCUAUUUAUUCACAGUGCUCUUGCAUUACAUUAUCAUAAUCAAAUGCCACUGUCAGUGUCCUCACGACGUCAUCGAUUUUCGAUAACGCUUACAAGAAACCGACGGUGGCGUCGGUUUACGUAAAAACAACGUGACUCUUGUAAUUAAAAGUGAUCAUCGAUUGCUCCCAUGCUAUCUCAAGUAUCACGCGCGCCUUUUCAGGAUACAGCAUCAUCGAGAGCGCGAUGCCUCUCUACAUCAACUACUUUACUACCCCGGUAGCGGUCUAUCGAAAGAAAAAAAAAAGUUUGUGUGUGUGUGUCUUUUGCAGGUCGGCCAGGCCCUUGCCAUGCGAUGUCGUUGCAGAGCCCCAGACUUCGACAUUACAGGACCAUGACGGCGAUCUGCUUCGUGUGCAACCUGCCGAUCCUGAGUCAUCAGGUCGGGCUGGUAUGGCAGGGCGGAAACGGCUGGGACGACCUCGUGCGAGAGCAAGUGGAGGAGUCCACUCUGAGGCAACGCCUGGGAACAGGUAGGCGAGACUCCGCGGCGCAAAUCACGUCAAUCUCGCCACCGAACGAGACUCAGGACUGCUCGCCGACGAACCAGCGCCGUCGGCGAUCGAGCCUCGCUCAGCUGACCGACAUCCUGCGCGAAUGGGGCGGCGGAGGUAUCUCCACGAAGAGGAGCGGCAACAAGCUCUGCCGAAGGGAGACCCUGGCGGACAUUGCCAAAUCGCUGCCGUGGUCGCGACAAACCACUACGGAUGCCAGCCACCUGGUCAGCUUGCGAAAGAGGCGGGAGAGCUCGGUCGACAGUGGCAUCCGGAGCCAGGUGUCGAGCAAGUCCAGACGGGACUCCGCCAUCAGUGACCUUAAGAACGACAUAGCCAGACUCUGGAGCAAGAAGGAUGUGCUGCAACCGCAGCCACCGCCCACGGUCAUCACGCCCACACCACGCCGAGGCUCGGGCGAAUCGAAAAAUUCUCGCCGUGGUUCGGGCGAGAGCGCAAAGUCCAGGAGGGAUUCGAUGAUAACGGGACAAUCUCAGAGCUCUGGCGAGCGCAAGCACAAUUGUCGUCAUCAUAGACGUAGGCAAUCUCAACAGUCUGUUGACGGGGGUGGUGUCACGCCUACAAAGUAUUACAGAAAUGAUCAAAGACCGAGCGCUUCCAGCACAGACAGCGCGGGCAGUAAUACGAUUCGAGAACAUAUGGAGGCUCAGAGGAGCUCCACGGAGAAAAGCGAGAGAUCGAGCAGCACCGAAACCAAGACCCAAUCGACAGGUACCACUGUGAUCGAUAUAAAGACGGCGAUGACGACGACGACGUCAUUCGUAGUCAACGGGAAGGCGCCCGGUGCCACCACGCCGAUCGGCGAACCGAGGACAGCGAUGGUCGGCACCUCGCCAGUGAUGUCUACUAUGUCGACUCUAACUGUGGAUACAAGACCCGUGAUUGAGAACAAAUCCAGCCUGGACGCGUCCGUGAACCCACCGACCAUCGUUAUGUCCUCGGUAACGCCACCGGCGAUCUCACCGACUGCCGGAAGCAGCCUUCCACUUCCCGGCACUUCGACUUCCGGUAGCUCCAGCCCGGUCGGCUCCCCAAAUGUCAACAACACACCUACGCAUCCGUUACUUUCCACUCGAAGAGACUCGACCACGCAGGUAUGUAACUUCAAGGGUAAAGAGGUAUCGCCGAGUAAAUUGUCGAGGCUGAUACGCCAGCACGCUGCAAUUGAUGAGUCGAUGCCACCCACAGGACGUCGUGGUAGCCAGCCAACCUUAUCACCGGAUCCCGAAGAAGGGGGUCGGAAAGCGCGGAGAGAUUCUUUGAGCCCGGAUUCUGCUUCCUACCUGCGACGUCGAGAUUCAAAAAGUCAUCUAAGUCCCGAUAGAAACGUCGAUAAAAGAGAUAUCAGUCCUAUCAGGCAGAGAAAAGGUCGAUUAAGAAGACAAUCUACCUCUAUGGCUGGUCGGCUACCACGAUCGCCGGACAGUUCCUCGUGUUCAUCCAGAGAGCCCAGUCCUUGUGCCCGUGCGCCCAAUAUUCAUCAUGCGCCGAUAAUACGACGGCAAUCUACUACGGAAGAGAUUUUGAUAGCGCGCGGUUUUCGACGGCAGAGUACCACCGAAGAGAUGAUACGAUGCCGUAAUUUUAGGCGACAAAGCUCUCAGAGCGACGACACGGUUCAAAGAUCUCGCGGACGAAGAGACAGUUCGGCUCAAAUCACGGAUGGCACUUUCGCAUCGAUGACAGUUGAAACGUCUAGCACCUUAUUUGACAGCAGUACCCAAACUGAACCGUCGCCGUUGUACGACAACAACCACUACCAUGAGGAGUGCCUAAAAUGUAACAGCUGCGGCCUCAAUCUCACGGGACCCAAUCAAAAGCGGGCGAGACGAUUCAAAAAUCAGAUACUUUGCGAUCUGCAUUUUGCCGACGUGGCGCUGAUGGAGUGCUCGGACUUCAUGCAGCAGUUGCGCAGCUUCAAACCACAAAGUUUAGGCUGUGCAGUUGCGAGAAGAAAGUCCUCGACCACCCUGAUCUUCCCGUUGCCUCCUCAGGCGUGCUCCGACGAGUUCUGUCAAGAAUUUCCGCACAACUUGAUACCAACUCCCGGCUACUGGAUCGAAUGUUCACGGCAACAGAUCACGUCGGACACAAUCUGGGACGAAAGCGAGAGUGAACAUGAGGGUACCGAUCUCGAGCAGGCGGAGGGACAGAGCGCGGAGGAGCGUGCGUCGUUGCGGAAGCAGCAGCAGCAGCAGCAGGAGAAAACCACCUGUCUGUUCGAAGCGGAGAACGAAGGCGAUACGGACGAUCCGCCUCGAAAGAAGACCACCAUCGAAGAGCAAUGGGAGAAGAAUCAAGGUUUCGAGCUCACUUCGGUUGAGCAAGAGACCUACGAGAAGUAUUUCUAUGGCUCGGAGCAUUGGAACUAUUUUACCAAUGAUGAGGAUUUGGGACCGGUGAUACUUAGUAUCAAGCAAGAGACGCUGAACAAUCGCGAUCAGUUUAGAAUUUUGGUCCGAGCCAUAAGUUACACGGUCCAUGGCCUUAUCCCUGCCAGCUGUGUCUUUGCCGACCGAUACAAUCGAGAGGAAGUGGUACGUAGUCUCGGCAAAGAGGUGAACAUAAAUCCGCCCUUAACUUUGGGCCAAUUACCAGAUACGCCGGAAGAGCUCCUGAAGCUGGACCAAGUUUUUAUCAAGUCCGAGCUGAAGGUGGGGAUGAUUUAUGUUCAGGAAGGUCAGUACAGCGAGGAGGAGAUACUUGAUAACAACGACAACUCGCCGCUCUUCGAGGAAUUCCUUCAGAUCCUCGGGGACAAGGUCAGACUGAAGGGAUUUGACAAGUACAAAGGUGGUCUCGACACCGUACACGAUUUGACGGGCCUAUAUUCUGUCUACACCAACUGGAGGGGGAUCGAAAUAAUGUUCCAUGUGUCUACCUUAUUGCCUUACGAGAAGCACGAUCCUCAAAAACUUCAGAGAAAAAGGCAUAUUGGCAACGAUAUAGUGUGCGUCGUAUUUUUGGAAGCCGACAACACGAGCUUCAGCCCAGCUUGCAUCAAGUCACACUUUUUGCACACAUUUAUCUUGGUGCGAGUGAGUCCACGGAUAAAACGGAAAAUCACGAGAUACGAGGUGUCCGUAGUUACGAGGGAUGAAGUUGGGGCCUACAAACCGUAUCUAUGGGAACAAAGUGUCUUCGAAAAAGGUCCGAUGUUCCGAGAAUGGAUAUUAACGAAGAUCGUGAAUGGCGAAAGGGCGAGUUAUUCCGCGCCGAAAUUUGCGAGGAUGCAGGAGCGGACGAGAAGUCAAAUGCUGGAGGAUAUCGUGGCGAAUCUCGCCAAUCACGCGGAAACCGGUCAGAUUCCGAAACCGUACAGACGAGGUUCUUGGCGGCCGAUUGGACACAUGAGACCGUCUUCACCAUUGCUGGAUUCGGUGCGAGAUCAGUUCGAAGAUUAUGAUUCACUCGCAAAGGACUUCACCAAGGUGUUCCUUAAUAAUUCAGCGAACCUGACGCUGAACACUAGUCUUUUCGAUGUGUCCUUCCUCGUGCCGGGACACCAAAAACAAAAAGUUCGAUUUAUCGGUGUCAGGGCGAUUCUAGCGGUGAGAAGCAGAGUGUUUCAAGAAAUGCUAUAUGGAAUUCAAGCGGGCUUCGGAAGCCCGCAGGUACCAGUUGCCGAGCUGCUCGCGAGACCAGCGCCGACAUUGCUUAGUCCGCAGAAGCCGAAGAGCUCGAACUUCCUACAAGUGCCCGACAUGGAGAGUCCUAGGCCCAAAAGUGUCCCUUCGUCGCCGAUGGUGAAACGAGCCUUCUCACGACUGGGCACGAUCACGGCUGGCUGGGGGAGGAGCAUUAGAAAGCAUGGCAGCACUCUGCAGAGCGAGGAUCGAAAGCGAUGGGCCAGCUCGCAGGAUUGCAGUAAUAAGGAGGCAAAAGAUAAGGACAAAGCAGCCCAGCAAUUGGCAGUGCCGCGACUCAGCGUUUGCGCGGACGCACAGAAAGUAGAUAGAGCCAAACUAGCGCAAACUGAGUUCGACAUCAUCGAAUUCGAUCCAGAGACCUUCCGAAUUCUGUUGGACUACCUGCAUACUGGAUCCUGUCCGCUGACGUGCAGCAACAUACCUGGCCUGAUAUGCGCCGCGGAGCAUUACGACCUGCCGGAACUUCUUCAGGCCUGUUUCCAUCACGCCAAGCAAUUUCUAAGAGUCGAGAUCGUCUGCGUGAUGUUGUGCGCCCUCGAGAAUUACUACUGGCGUUACACGUCCGCCUCGGAAUUGGUCAACAUGAUUCUCGCAUUCAUCGAGACGCGAGCCGAAUUGCUCUUCAACCACCCGGACUUUGUCACUCUGAGCGAAUCAAUGGUGCAGAUGAUUAUGUGCCGCGGCCUCGAACUCCCGGAGGUCAAGAAGUUCGAGGCCAUGCUGAACUGGGCGAAGCAUAGGAUCAAAACCAAAUCGACCAAGAUCGACGCUAAGGUGGAGUUCAAGUGCAUCAUGGACAGGCUCAGCAGGGACCUCAAGUUACAUAAGAUAACGCCUCAGGAACUAAUCAGGAUCGUAUUACCAUCGAAAGUUAUAAAGAACGAGAGGAUCCUUGAGACUCUGAUGUACCAAGCGAAUUCAGGCAUAUAUAGAAACAUCGACAGCUGCUUGGAGGCGUACCAGAAGAAUUUGCAGGAUCAAGAAAGUUUUGAUUGUGGACUAUGAAAGUUAACAAACACGCGAAAGGUGCCGCAAAAACCUGAGAAACACGUGUCGAUAAAAGAGUGAUGUGAUUCUUCAGUGGAAAAAAAAAAUUAUUCUCUAGUAACGUUGCGUCGCCCGUGUUGUGCUAUCGGACAUUAUAUGUGAAUAAUCGAGAUUUUUUCGCAGUAAUGACUUACAAUUAGAGUAAUUCGGUUGCGACCGCGAUAUGUAGGAGUCGACAAUUACACUGCGAGGUCCGACACGAAUCAUGAUAGAUUUUUCCGAUACCACACAAGGUCGUUGCUAAGCCGCUCGACGAAUAAUAAGUUUAGACAUAAUCUCGGCUCCAUUCGCGUGAACUUUAUUUUAUACUCAUGUAGUAAUUUAAUUGCAUCUGGUGGCGCAUCAGCUUGCCAUCCUUGUUUCGUUAUCAAAGUUCAUAAUCUAUGAAGAGGAUAAUGCUAUAAGGCCGAUGUUAAUGGACGUACAGUUGAUAGAGGAUUUUUUAAAGUUUCUUGAGAAUUUUAAAAAGUUACUUGAGGGAUCUAAAAGAUUUAGAAAGCUUUUUGUUCGAGAAUCUUUUAGUUUAUCCGAUAAAUAUUAAUUGAACUUGUGAAAUAUUGAUUUCUCAAUAUAAAUAGGUUAUUACAAAAAGUUUAACGCGCAGCAAUUUCUGUGCAUAAUUAUUUUUAAAUGACAUAAAAUUUUCUGUUAAAAAUUGUUUAUUAAAAUUUUUUAUUUAUGUUGUUUUUAAUUUUUAAUGUACAGAAUCUAUCUUACAAUGAUGCUUCCAUAUCAUAUAAUUCCUGAUCUCCAUUUUAAUAGAUUUUAGUUUAAUUGAAUUUGGCUUCCAUUUUAGAAUAAAUAUUAGAAAUUACUGUAGCUACUUAUUAAACAUGAUUCCUAUUGCUUAGCUUUUCUAUAUCUUUUUUUUUUCUUAAUAUACAUAUGUUAUAUAUUAUUUUAAUUCAAUGUUUGUAUGAACUUUAGUGAAUCGAUAUCGUAAGAAACAUUAUUUUUGAUAAUAUAAGCUCUUCCAAGCUGUCAUAAGACAGCAAGUGCGUAUUAUAUUGAUGAAUCAACCAGGGAAUAAUGCAGGAAACACGUUACAAUGUGACUGUCACUUUCGUGUGUUGAAGUUUCGUAAAUAGGCGUCAUCAAUCUCCACAGAAUUUGUUAUUAACACAUUCCUAAUAUGUGAUUAGUGAAAUUAAAUGUAAAGUGUUGAUUGAGAGAUAAUGCGAGCAUGGGAAAAGCACAAUUUUCAUACUGUUAAUAAAAAGAUUGACGCAAAUAUAAAAUCUCGGAUAAAAAGGUCGAAGUAAUUAAUCUAAAGUCAGAUAUCUGUUAUAUUUCAAUAGCGCAGCUAAACGGUGACGAAAAUUAAUCUGAUAGUAUUUAGCGUGUGGCAAUGUGUCAUCUGUCUUCUGACUUCAGUGAAAUGACAAAGACAAAAAUAGCGAACAAAUCACUCGACGAUACGACAACGUUAUUAGCGUAAAGAGUUAAAAAAAAAAAUUCAUUUUAAUGAUUAGGCUUUCGAUUGAGAGCGCGUAUCGUAUCGGCGGCACUUAAUAAAUUGCCGACACAUGACAAUCUGUAUUAUAAAAGAAAGCGCUACUAGUAACAUAUAAGAAUGGUUUACUAUUACGUAAGCUUAAAGGAAUAUAUAAAUAUAUAUAUAUAUAAAAAAUAUAUACGUAUCGUUAUACAUAUAUAAGAAUAAAACGAUAAACGAUGAGUAACAACAAUAAUAAUGAAAAUAAUACUGACACUAGUAAAAAUGAAGUGUAAUAUAAUAUAAUAACGAUAACAGCGCAAGCGAAUUGAUGUUGAAUGUUGAGAGAAAAAAAAUAUAUAUAUGCAUAUAUACAUAUAUACAUGUAUAUAUUUAUAUAUGUAUGUAUAUACAUAUAUGUAUUCGAGGUCUGUUCUGUUUUCUAUCGUAGAUUUUAUAUUUUCAAAUACUCUAAGACAGAGAUUCUAAAAUUCCACGGAGAGGGCAGGCUAAAGAAAGAAUUUUUCGCGCGACUACUCGCGCGGGCCUCUUUUUCGUUUAGCAAAAUAAUUCCCUUCCAGGGGGAACCCACUUAGUUGUGGUCGCAAAAUUUUUUAUCACAUGAUCGUGAACCAACUCGAUCUUCCCGUUGUACGAAGAGAAGAGACAUAUCGACGAUCUCUUUCCGGUGGAAGAAUGGAUUUUCCGAAAGGAGGAGAGUCUUCAUUCGAGAUAUUUCGUGAUUUCUCGAUGAAUCUUUGUGAAUAUCAAACGAGACGAGACCUCGACUAGCCUGGUUCCGGUAGCGCUCCAGUAACAAUUAUAUCAAACAAAAAGAAAAAA